AUGAUCAAUGAAGAGAGAUCAAGGCCGAUCCCUCGUCCAUUCGCUGCCACGUCCAAACGCUCGCCAGACGCCAUUGCGGCCAAAGUCGUCUUCAUCUUGCGCUCUGUGGAAGAGCGCGGCGUCGUAUUGAUCCAACAGCUCGAUGAAACUCUGGAUACGGAGGGUUGGACAGAAUGGGUAGCAGAGAAGGUGCUUGCUGGCAUCGAGACAGAGGCUUCCCACGACGCGAAUGAGCUGUUCCAGUUCGCCAAGGACCAUCCGUUAGCAACCGCAGGACUCCUGACUAUCAUAGCGGUUGGCGUUCUAGUCCUGCUUGCUCCGACGAUUGUCGUAGCCUUGGGAUCGUUUGCCGCAUGGUGGGAGAGCACGUACGCUGGCUAUAUCCCGGCGGGUUCCCUGUUCUCGUUCCUUCAGCGCCUAGGCAUGAUCUGGGGAAGAGCAUAA